AACCCUGAUACAUACUUAAGUUUGUAAACACGGCCAUGCCCAUAAGUACGUUGGCUAAGAAUCAUUUCCAAUAAAUAAAUUGUCAAUCCACCAUGGCUCAAAGUCGAUUGGAAAAAAUCGGCACCAUUUAUUCCAAGGUCAAAGGCAUGCUCAAAUCUGGUGCCAUCAAAGAAGAGCAUGCCCCGCUUUGGCUCAGUGUCUAUGAGAAAUAUCCACCUAAGCAUGAGCCCCGAUGGGACCGCAAGCCAGAGCGGGACACGCCUAUUCCAAAGAUUCUCUACCAAGAGGACGUGAUUCGUGCUCAGUUCUAUCGACAAUUUGGCAAUCAAUCCGAAGUGAUCAAUCUACUGGAUCCGAAAUUUAAGCCCCGUUCAGAGUUGUUCAUAGAGAAGUUCAAGCAAAUUGAAGCUACGAGUUCGGAUAAAAGUGAUUUUAAACGCCUUUUUGUGCACACAGUCGAUGCUUUGGAAUUGGAUGGGAUUCGAUUGAGAACAUUGGCCAAAGAUGCGGCCUUACAGCGUCCAGAAAGCCUCAAGAAGAACGUGGAAGAGACUCCGAAGUCGAACCAAAUUCAAGCACCGUCGUUUAGGGAGCUUUUUGGACGAGGAAAUAGUGGUCCAUUCAGGGAAUAGUUCCUCUAACUGUUAAUAAUGAAUUUGAAAAUAUAUGCCCUCUCGUGUUGUAA